GCCGGUGGUCCCCGCCCCAGCCAUGGGGGUCGCGCUGCUAAGCCACGUGUCUCGGCGCUGCUUCCGCCACGCGAUUCCUCUCGCUGUCCUCUCGCUGCUGCUGCUUUAUCUCUGUGCUCGGAGCUUUCGUGAGUAGCCCCUUCCCUCACAUGCCCUGGGAGGCACCAGGGACCCAAGCCCCCCCCCCCGGAGCCCUCACCGCUCGCCUCGCUCCUCCCCAGGCACCCUAGCGGGCUGCAGGUCUUGGGCACAGUCCUGCAUUCCCGAAGGCCCGCCGCCUGCCCAGGUCCCGCGGCAGCCGGGCCCCCUGGAGGCCCCCAGGUGGGAAGAGCCUCCGUGUGAGGGCCCCCAGGGGGUGCUGGGCCGCGCGAUGGGGCCGUUCCGCGCCAGUCUGAACCCCGCAGGGGAUGUGGCCUUGUCGCAGUACCUGGCCGGAUGGAAGGCGCUGGUCAGGUUCCUGACUCCCCUGGGCUCCAUCUUCACCUUCGCCACGAGCGAGGCCUCUGCCAAGGUGUCAGCCCUCGAGGCGCGGGUGCACGGCCCGGAGGCGGCGCACUACUCGUCGCUGGCGGCCAUGGCGGCGUGGGAGCGGCGGGCGGGACUGCUGGAGCGGCCCGGGGUCGCCCCCCGAGACCCGGCCCGGUCCUCGGGCUCGCGGACCCUGCUCCUGCUGCACCGAGCGCUGCGCUGGUCCCAGCUCUGCCUCCAGCGGGUGGCGGCCGCGACGCCCGGAGGCCCGGACGCGGGCGCGCAGUGCAGCGACGCGUACCGCACGGCCCUGGCCCCGCACCACCCCUGGCUCGUGCGCCAGGCCGCCCGCCUCGCCUUCCUCGCCUUCCCGGGUCGCGGCCGCUGGCUCGAGCUGGCGUGCCCCGGGGCCGGGGAGGCGGAGGCGCGGGCCGCGCUGGUGCGGGCGGCGGCCACCCUGGAGGCUGUCUACAACCGCACCCAGGGCCUGCUGGCCGAGCGCGGGCUGCUGCGGCUGGCCUGACCCGC